GCGAAGCAGCAUCGCGCAGUUCGGAACGCAGCAGCGGCAGCGGUUCCAGCGCAGGCGGGCAGGCUGGCUGGUCGGGCUCCCGCGAGUGGCGCGAGUGGCGCUCCCGGCGCGCCCGCGAGCCGCACGCGCGGCCGCGCCGCAUCGCGCCGGAGCGGUAUCUCAACGCGUCAUACCCGUUCCAGGUCAAGUUCACGCCGGACGACUUGCUCACUGGAUCAAAAUGGGACACACUGUCGCAAGAGAUGUGGGACAAGUUCGUCAAGUCGCAGCAGACGGAGGAGACCUUCAGGAAGAAGAUGAACCUGUGGCGGUACCUGUACAUUACUAUUAAG